AACCGAAUGCAGCUAUGCGCAAUCUGUAGCAGCCAGGUGAAGGUGGAUGGUCAUGGCGGGGACAAGACGGAGACCGUCGCCAUCGCGGUGAUUGCCUGCAUCGUCCUCUUCCCCUACGUCAUGCUGUGGUGGUCCAGCCCCGACACCGCCUGGCCGGCCCUGGAGGUCCUCUGGAGACUGGCAUUUCAAAGCAUAGCAGUUGCUUUUGCCACUGGACUAACGCUGAUCGGACUUCAAGUGCAUUUUUCAGGCCUUUUCUUCAGACGCUGGGUGGCCUGGUUCUUUCAGCUGAAGAUAGAUGCCGACAGUCACAUCCCCGAUGAUGUCGCUGAGGCAAAAGCUGACAUGUCCAGCCCUGACAAAAUUACAGAAGUUGUUGGCGGGAAUGUCAGUCCAGCAGGGCGGGAUAACAUGAUGGAUGCGUGCACGGUGAAUUCUACUCACUCUGCCGCUUCUCAGACAGAGCCUGCUGACAGCACGCCACCCAAGACGGGCAAUCGAGAGAAGAGCUACAAAAAGGCGAUAAAAAAGCUUUACAGAAAGUUUCUGCUCAUCCGCAGAAAGUGUCAGUCAGAGAUGGUGGGGCUACGGCGCACGGACCGUGAGGCCAGCGACUUCCUGUCACGUGUACAGAUGGCGCUGCCGGGGCUGGAGCGAGACAAGCAGGCGCUGCUAGCCGAGCUGGAGGCCAUCGAGAAGCAGUACGAGGAGGAGAAGAGGCGCAACCACGACCUUCUGAGUCGCCUGCAGCGUCUGCUCAACCAGCACUUCCAGCGCAUCGGCCAGUCGCAGCCUGCCGCAGCCUUGCAGGACCAGCAGCAGAUGAUGCAGAACAAGCAGCGCCAGCAACAGCAGCAGCAACAACAACAGCAGCAGCAGCAGUAUCAACAGAUGCAGCAGCUAAAAGAUCUGCAGCAGCAACAACAACCGUGUAAACAGCAGCCACAACAGCAGUACGCACAUUGGCAGCUUGCAGCCAAUCCCCAGAAAUCGCAAUAUCCAAGCUCUCCUUCAUCGCCCCCGUUGCCAUGGCGACCCAGCAGCAUCCUUCUGCGCUACAGGCGCAGAGCUUCUUGCAGGUGCAGGCGACAAGAACUCAGCAGCAUUUUCCGCACCUGCAAGCCAUCUCCCUCGUCCAGUCGCCAGUCGUACAGACCGCACCGCCACAGCAGCAGCAGCAGCAACAGCAAAAGACGCAGGCGUCGGUGCAAGUCAAGUGCCGCAACGGUACGCAGCUUGUCGGCCAGUCACCUGCACUCAGACCGGCACCGCCGCAGCCCAAGUGAUGCGUUGGGCGGCUGCAGCCUGUGCUGUCUGCAUCCUGGCGUGCAGCAUGUGUUUUUUCUGAUUGAUCACUGUGGCUCGGUGUCUUGCUAAUGGACGUAGUAUCAUGCAAUUCCACCGCUUUGACCUCUAUUUGCGCGUGUGCAAAAUGUCUGUAGGUAAAUUGUGUGUAUGUGAUUUUAAAAAAUUUUUAGUCUAUAUAUAUCUCUCUAUGUCUCCAUGUAGGUAGGUAGUGAACGUUUAAUUAAGGUGGGUGAAGUUGCUGACGAAUCAGAGCACAGGAGAUGCGAGAUGAAUCGAAACAAAGAAAGGAGUAAUAAUAUAUAUAUGCAUAAUCUUUAGAAGUAGGCUAGUAAAUUCCAGCAAUUGUAUUUUUUUAACGUUUUUUUGUUUGUUUGUUUGUUUGUUUCUGGAGUUCUUUUGGAAACAGAAUGAAUGAUGGAUGCUUUGCGUGAAGUCGCGCCUGUGGAUUAUUCUGACAGCGUUCCUACAAUUUCACGUUACGUCUUUACUACGUCCUUUUACUCUGCACUUGUCGGUGCAUAAUG